AUGAGUUUGAUGACAGGAGUAGCCAGCGUUGAUUGUUUCACAUGGCAACUCCUCUUCGGAGUCCACGAAAAUAUCAAGAGGCGAGAGCUCAGCAAUAACACGGCCCUGGACGCACUCUCCAGUUUCUGCGUCACGGACAAGAGUAGACUACAGAUCGAGGCAGAGCUAGAGGCUCAUCUGUUACCUCUUAGGAGGACGAGGUCACAAUCGAAAAGGGUCAAGGAUCUGAGCGGCAUUUGUGCUGAGACGUGCAUCAGAACGGCCAAGCUGAUAUCGCUGUCCUUGCGGAUGAUUGUCGAUCUCUAUGAAGCCCUCAUUGCAAACCCGGAUAGGUUCCCUUCGGCCAAGCAUCUCCAAGGGAUUCUAGUCUACGUCAGUUAUGCCAUUCGCAUCUGGGCCGAGACUGUAGACGGGAAGGAGUACAGGGGCCUCUGGAAGCCAGAACUGAAGAGAAACGACCGACGGCUUGCGCGAGCGGCCCAUAUGCAGUAUUGCGGUCAAAUCUUGUUGACAUGGAUCGAAGAGCAACAGAUAAUAUUCGACAAGGAGGCCGAAGACUUUUCUGAGGCUUUCAUCUUUGACGGCAGUCUGACCUACAAAUACCUCCUGGAGGUGCGCAAGACGGUGCUUGACAGUGAAACUAGACAGGUUGAGGCAUGA